CUCGCCCAAACAGCAGAGCAAGCUAUGGCGCGCGCGCGUGACGCCGCCCUCCACCUCCUCCUCCUGGCAGCGGGCGCACUCCUACUUCUAGCCGUGGUGUCUCAGGCCACCGUGGUGCCGCCGAGCGUUCCGGCGGGCGCCCCCGAGGACCCGCGGUGCCGCGCGCUGGCGCCGCGGCGUGGCGCGCUGGCGGUGUACCCGAGCGACAUGGAGCAACUGCAGUUCCUUCUCAACGCCAAGUUCGUGGAGGCGGAGUGGUUCCUGCACGCGGCGCUGGGACGUGGCGUGGACUUCCUGGACCGCAACCUGUCCGGCGGCGGGCCUCGGCCGUCCGGGGCCAGGAAGGCGGACCUGGACUUCCGCACAACCGAGGUCGCCGCCGAGCUCGGGUACCAGGAGGUGGGCCACAUCCGCGCCAUCAGGCAGGCCGUGGGCGGGUUCCCGCGGCCGCCCAUCGACCUCGGCGCCGACCGCUUCGCCAUGGUCAUGGACGACGCCAUGGGCGUCCGUCUGGACCCGCCGUUCGACCCGUACGCCGGGCCCGUCAACUUCCUGCUCGCCUCCUACGUGUUCCCGCACGUCACCGCCGCCGCCGCCAUGGGCAUCGGCCCCAGCCUCAUGGGCUACGCCUCCAAGCGCCUCCAGGCGAGCAUCCUGGCGGUGGAGGCCGGGCAGGACGCGGUGAUCCGGCUGCUGCUGUACCAGCGCGCCGACGAUGCCGUCCCACCGUACCAGGGCCACACCGUGGCCGACUUCACGCGCCGGAUCUCCGACUGGCGCAACCGGAUGUCCGGGUGCGGCGCCAAGGACGAAGGGGUCAAGGUGCUGGACCGGCGGCAGGGCGCCGAGCGCCGCACCAUAAGCAACAUCCUCGGCGCCGGCGAGGACUCGCUCGGGUUCCAACGCACGCCUGCGGAGGUGCUCCGCAUCCUCUACGGCUCGCGCAACGAGCAGAUCCCCGGUGGGUUCCUCCCCAGGGGUGCCAAUGGAACCAUCGCUAGAGGUUUCUUCCAGCUCGCGUAGAUCAAAAGAUACUAACAACAUCCUAGUCUAUCUUGAGACAUCACAAGCUGAUCGAUGGUAGUACCAAUCAACUUGAAAUUAAAGGUCCAAGAAAUGUGAUAAAAAAACAGAAACCAUUAUUAUUUUGAAACC